UUUUAGAAAACUCAGAAUUGCAGUGUGCUCUACUUGAAAGUGCAGGAGCAAAGUGCAUUUCCAUCCCACCAUUUCUUACUUGAAACAUCAGAGAAUACCUUUUGAGAGACAUACUAAAACACACCAUCAUAGCUGUAUUCCAAAUGAAUACUGAUCUCCUCUCCAUUCCAGGAAAUUGCAAGGAAAAACUUCAAUGGAUCUCCUUGAAUGGCAGAGGGAAAGCUUUCUAUGCAUCAUAUUUGCAACAAUAUCAAUGGUUCUGGUGCUAAAGUUGCUGUUGAAGAAGAAGGAAAGCAGAAAUGACAAACCCCCACCAUGUCCCCCAAAACUUCCCAUCAUUGGUAACCUGCAUCUGCUUGGUAACAUGCCUCAUGAAUCUCUUCACAUCCUUGCCAAGAAGCAUGGUCCUAUCAUGUUCUUGCAGCUUGGGCAGGUGCCAACAAUAGUGAUUUCUUCAGCUAGAUUGGCGAAGGAAGCACUGAAAACAUUUGAUCUAGCCCUGUCAAAUAGGCCUCGAAUAUUUUCAGCCAAACACCUUUUCUACAACUGCACUGAUAUGGCUUUCUCUCCAUACGGUGCCUACUGGCGAAAUAUACGCAAAAUAUGUAUCCUUGAGGUACUAAGUGCAAAAAGAGUUCAGUCAUUUGGCUUCGCAAGGCAAGAAGAAGUUGCUAAUCUAGUUCAUCGUGUAGCAGAAUCGUACCCCAGUCCCACCAAUUUAAGCCAUAUGCUUGGAUUAUAUGCAAACAAUCUCCUCUGUCGCAUUGCAUUUGGUAAAGAUUUCUCACGCGGAGGAGACCAUGUUCGGCAUAAUUUUCAAAAGCUGCUUGAAGAGUUUCAAAUGUUGCUGGGAGGAUUCAGCAUUGGAGACUUCUUCCCAUCCAUGGAAUUUCUACACAAAUUUACCGGGAUGGAAUCAAGACUAAAAGACACUUUCAGACGCUUUGACCAGUUUUUUGAUGAGAUUUUGGAGGAACAUCGAAAUCCGGAGAACAGGAAAGACCACAAGGACCUGGUGGAUGUGUUACUUGAAAUACAAAAACAUGGGGAUCCUGAAACUCCUCUCACCACUGACAAUAUCAAAGCAAUAAUUUUGGACAUGUUUGCAGCAGGUACUGAUACAAACUUCAUCACCUUGGAUUGGACAAUGACAGAGCUCAUAAUGAACCCCCAGGUGCUACGAAAAGCACAGGCCGAGGUCAGAAGUAUUGUUGGAGAAAGAAGAUCAGUUUCAGAGACUGACCUGUCUCACUUGCACUACAUGAGAGCUGUUGUGAAGGAAACUUUUAGGCUACAUCCCCCAGCUCCAGUAUUACUCCCUAGAGAAUCCAUGGAGGAAGUGACAAUUGAUGGCUAUCCCAUUCCUUCCAAAACAAGGUUCUUCAUCAAUGCUUGGGCAAUGGGAAGAGACCCUGAAACAUGGGAAAAUCCAGACAUAUUUGAACCAGAGAGGUUCAUGAAUAGUCCUAUUGAUUUCAAGGGCCAAGAUUUUGAGCUCAUACCAUUUGGUGCCGGUAGACGAAUGUGUCCUGCUGUUACAUUUAGUACAGCAACAUUUGAGCUUGCUUUAGCUCAACUUCUGCAUAGCUUUGAUUGGGAGCUUCCUCCAGGAGUUAAAGCAAAAGAUUUGGACCUGACUGAAGCUUUUGGCAUCACCAUGCACAAAAUAUCUCCUCUCAUGGUGCUUGCAAAACCAAACUUUUCUGAAGGUCUCAAUGGAAAAUAGAGACCAAUCUGAGAGGUGUGAUUCCAUGAAAUUGCUUCUAAGGAAAAAUGCUAUGUCCCUGAACAAUUGGUAUUUCUUUCAGUCAAA